AUGACUGAUGAAAAAUUAAAGUCUGAUCGAAAUAUGAACGGUAAACAAGGGGUUAAUCUAAUUUCAUCUUUGCCCACCACACAAGUGCCGGUUUCAAUCCUGACCAACAAGGAGAAGAGAAAAAGUGUUCACGAUGAGACAAGUUUUGAAAGAUCGGAUAAUCACGAUGAUCUACCAAGGUCCAACUCUAACAGGAGAAAUAUUUACAAAAAUGAUUACGGUACAAAUUUGAGGGAUUUCUCUUUCGCUGAUUUGAAACAAAAUAAUGAAAGAACUAAAGAUGCUCAUGACAUACAAAUUAAUACGAACAUGUCACCAAAUAAUAAUGGCCAGCAAAACAGCUUUUCGCCUUCAUUACCUUCUGCCGUUUCAUUUACGGUACCAGAAGUAGAAAGGUUGCCAUAUCAUAGAUAUUCGAUUUCCAAUAAACCUGGAAAGCAACAACAGCAACAACAGCAACAGCAACAACAAGAACAACAGCAGAAUGCACAACUACAUGAGCAACAUCAACAAGCAAAGCAACAAGAGAGAGAGGCGAAGCAGGUACAGGAACAAGUGCAAAGAAAGCAAAAUGAAAGACAACAAUCGGUAGACAAGAAGGAAAGGAUAGCGAAUGCUGUGUUGAAGAAAAAUUCUGCCACUGAUGAUGCAAAUGCUAUGGAAUAUUCGAUAUCAAGUGGGCUGAGCAAUAGUGAAGACGAAGUGGAUUCACCUUCCAUGGAAAAAAACUCUAUUGUUCAUAUGCCUGGUGAUUUUAUAUACUUCAAUCCCAAGUCAACUGCUUCUAAACCUAUGACGACGAAAGCGGCACCAUUAUCAGUUAACAAUUCCAUACAUAAAAACAAGGAAGUCAUCACUGCGCCAACGGGGCCCCGUGUGCCCUUUACAGAGUUCUUCCAGAAGGAAGAUGACAAAAAAUUCCAUAUUCUAAUUGGAGCAACAGGUUCUGUUGCCACAAUAAAGGUACCUUUAAUCAUUGAUAAAUUAUUUAAGAUAUAUGGGCCUGAAAAGGUUUCUAUUCAGUUGAUUGUAACCAAACCCGCAGAACAUUUCUUGAAGGGGCUGAAAAUGUCAACGCACGUCAAAAUUUGGAGGGAGGAAGACGCAUGGAUAUUUGACGCUGUGAAUAAGAAUGACACUAGCUUGAGCCUGAAUUUAAUAUUGCACCACGAAUUAAGGAAAUGGGCCGAUAUUUUCCUGAUUGCGCCCUUGUCAGCCAAUACACUUGCCAAAUUAGCCAAUGGUAUAUGUAACAAUUUGUUGACUUCUGUGAUGAGAGAUUGGUCACCACUUACUCCAGUUUUAAUUGCGCCUGCAAUGAAUACAUUCAUGUAUAUUAACCCUAUGACAAAGAAGCAUCUGACAAGUCUAGUACAAGACUAUCCCUUUAUCCAGGUUCUAAAACCUGUAGAGAAGGUGUUGAUUUGUGGGGAUAUUGGUAUGGGCGGUAUGAGAGAAUGGACAGACAUUGUGGAGAUUGUUCGAAGGAGAAUCAACGAAAUAAGAAAAGCCAGAGACGAAGAAACUGGUGACAAAGAGCAGGAACAAGAAGAACAAGAGGGCAUUGGCAAUGAAGAUGAUGAUGAGGACGAGGAUGAGGACGAUGAAGACGAAGAGGAGGAAGUAGCUCGAAAUGAAACAGCAUCGGAUGAGAGUAAUGACGAGGAGGAUGAGGACGAUGAAGACGAGCCGGAAACUGAAGUUUAA